CUGACGGACUUAUUAUAUUUGUCUGAACAAAAUACUGUAUGUAGAGUGUAAAUAUACAGUACUGCGUCAAAGACAUGGGCACAGAUGAGACUGUCAGGAUGUAAUAUUCGUGUUGAAUAAUCAAUUUGCGUGCAGUGCUUUUAAUUGGAAAUUGCCCCUGCAAACAUGGCCGCCAUCGAGCACGGCCGUUAUCCGGCCCAAUCAAACCACAACCCCAAUCAAAACAUCAAAAGCACCCGUUACUAUUGACGUCAGACUGACGUACUCUUCUAUCCGGCCCAGUAAAUGUUACAAUAUUACGUAAUAAUUGAUAUUCGACGUCAUUAAGAACGUUGACGUUUAUCACCAACUGUCGUAACGAGGGGCAACGAUUUACAUUAGCAAAUAAUUACUUCAGCAGGUCUUGAAGCUCUUGUCCGGCGAAAUGGCUGAAGUUGAGGAAACGCUCCAGAGAAUUGAAGCCAAUGGGAGUGUAAUGGGUGUGAUAGUUGUCAAUGCAGAUGGUCUUCCAAUCCGAUCGACGUUUGAAAGCUCCAAGGCAAGCAAGUAUGCGGAUAUCCUUCGCCGCCUCACCGCCAUGGCCAGGAGCAUGGUGAGAAAUGUGGACCCUCAAGAUGAUCUCAUCGUGAUGCGCUUGAGCACUAAGAAUCAAGAAGUUAUGGUUGCGCAAGAGAACUCCUAUCAUCUUAUUCUGGUCCAGAGAUUAGAGCGAUCCCGUGUAUGAAUGGCAGACUGAACUGGUCACAUGGUGGGUUAUAUUUGUGACAUGCUGAAAUGAUGUGCAGUGAUAAAGAAUGAGUGGAGGAGAAAAUCAUCUCGCGUAGAUAGGGAUUUUUGUGUCCAUAUGAUGUACGACUGCAUCAGUUAUUCCUUUCUUUGAUCACCUAUAGCUAAACCAGUGAUAGUGGUAGGUAGAAUAAUGAACUGCUUAAAUCGGUACAAAAUAAACCAGAGUAUCCAUUUGCUUUUUGUGCCAUUUUUCUGUUUGCCGAUUGUCUUGUCGUGUUUUUUUAUGUGUUCUCCAUGUCCUAAAAUUCACUCAAGAUGAUCUUGCUCCACAAUAAUUUUGAGAUUGAACAUGAGUCAGGUUUGGUUCUUCCUUUAAAACAUGAUGAACAAUGACGAUUCAUGAUUAUUAGGGGGAGUGGGAGGCAUUCAAGCUAACAAAUAAAAUAACAAAAUAAACAGGCCAUCAUUUAUGGUUCCUUUAUGUUGUGCGUUGAUGUCAUCAGGAGAUCCAAAAAUAACUGCAACUGUGUAAAUACAAUAACGAAGCAACAUUUUAAUGCAAAUUUCUAUUUUCAUGUACAGUACAGCAAUAUGUCAAUAAAUAAUUCACUGCAAAUAUACAGUCCCCCCCCCAAUCGUCCCCCAACAUACAUUAGAUAACAGCUGAUUCAAACAAAUAAGCACGUUUCUAUUGUUGACAUUGUCCAUCUGAGAUAAUAAAGUAUUUCAAAUUAAAAGGCAAAUUAUAUGCUAUACAUGUUCGGUGAUAACAGAAAGUUUGGACAACAAUGUUGACGCUAACUGGAUGUUUCUUCAAGUUCUAUCCGCAUGUAAAGGUAGUAUCUGUAAGUUGUGGUCAUACAGUUGUCAUGGCAACCAGCUCCCCAACAAUUAAUAAAUUAAUGCUAUCACAUC